AUGCGAAACUGGGUAUCCAAUUCCAAGAAAACUUUGACUGCACUCUCUGCUAACAACACGCUGCUAUCCAGAUGUUUUGAGGAGCCUGAAGCUACUAUCGAAAAGGUGCUUGGAAUGUGGUGGUUACCAGCGUCGGAUGAGCUUACCUUUGUGGAAAAGUUUCCUAAAGAAGUUUUUGAUGAGCACACAUUUCCAUCGAAGCGACAAGUUUUGCGUACAAUCAUGAAUAUAUUCGAUCCCCUUGGACUGCUCGGGUAUGUCAUCAUACAAGCAAAAAUCAUUCUACAGGACAUUUGGCGUUCAGGUGUUAAUUGGGACGAGCCUAUCAGAGAGGAUGAUCGCAGUAACUGGUGGAACUGGUUGAAAAGAAUUUCUUCGAUAAACAACGUCAAAAUUCCUCGGUGCUACUUACUUUCCAGCUGUAGCCAGAGUAACCAGUUGCACAUUUUCGUGGAUGCAAGUAUCAACGCUUAUGCUGCUGUGGCGUAUUUGCGUGCUGAAGUUGGUAACGCGGUGAACUGUUCAUUGCUGGCUUCGAAAACAAGGGUCACACCAUUGAAGCCCAUUUCAAUACCGAGGUUGGAGUUAAUGGCAGCAGUUCUGGGUCUGCGGUUGGCAAUUUUUAUAGGCAAGCAACUUUCUGUUCAGGUAAGCCGUAGAAUUUUUUGGACAGAUUCGAAAAACGUGAUAUGCUGGGUGCGUUCAGAUGCAAGAAAGUUCCAUCAAUUUGUUGCGUUACGUGUCGGCGAAAUUCUUGAGGGUUCCAGCGCUAAAGAGUGGAGGUGGUUGCCAUCUUCUGAAAACAUCGCUGAUGAGGGCACAAAAUGGUCCGACGUUCGCCAUUUUGACGACAAUGCACGCUGGUUUCGAGGGCCGAAGUUCUUGGCCCAGCCCGAAUCUAGUUGGCCUGUAGGGGAGCUAGUAGGCACUACAGCAGAGCUGCAUCACAUAAGUACAUGUACACCAUUGUCCCCUACCCUGUCAGUAAUUUCUCCAGACGUACGAAGGUUUAGCACAUGGGAGAGACUGCUUUCCACACAACAAAUUGUUCUGCGUUUCCUGCGCCGGAUGUUGAAGUUUACGCCACGUUCGCUACUAAAACUUUUCGAAUUGCGCGAUAUUGAAGAAGCAGAGCAAAUUCUUAUUGCCGUAAGCCAAGAAAAUGCGUUUAGCGAAGAAGUCAAAAGCCUACAACACGGUCAAAAUAUUCAACGGCAGUCUGCUAUAUAUAAAUGGUCGCCGUAUCUGGACGAGGUUGGGAUUCUUCGCGUGAAAGGUCGAAUCGACUUCUUAGAAGGAGUAGCAGUCGAUGUAAAGCGACCUGUAAUACUGCCGAAAAAUCAUACAGUAACGCGUUUGAUAAUUGAUUUCUACCAUAGAAAAUUUCACCACCAUCAUAAUGAGAUUAUUGUCAAUGAGAUGCGCCAGCGAUACUGCGUCGGUGCUUUGCGAUCGAUGGUAAAAGUGUGCGCCAAAAGAUGCCAAAUGUGUCGCAAUCGUAAAGCUAAGCCGCAACCACCUCAAAUGGGAAGUCUACCUGUAGAACGACUGUCACCAUUUACAAGGCCAUUCACGUUUACAGGAGUGGACUAUUUUGGCCCUAUCGACGUAGCUGUUGGCCGGCGGCGUGAAAAACGUUGGGGCGUGUUAUUUACGUGCCUGACGAGUCGUGUUGUUCACAUCGAGAUCGCGGCGUCGUUGUCGACGGAGACAUUCCUGCUAAUGUUCGUGUGCCGCAGAGGAGUCCCGAAGCGCAUUGUGUCAGACAACGGCACAAAUUUUCGUGGUGUCAGCCGAGCACUUAUCAGCGAGAUAGAAAGGGUGUCAUCCGAUGACCUAGAGAGAAGACAUCCCCAAAUCGAGUGGUCCUUCAUUCCGCCCUCGACUCCUCACAUGGGUGGGGCAUGGGAGCGAAUGAUACAGUCAACAAAAUCAAUUUUAAUGGAUAUUACGCACGAAGCAAUACUACGUGAAGAAGUUCUAAGGGCCACUUUAGCGGACAUUGAAAAUAUUCUUAAUUCAAGACCUCUGACAUAUGUGCCCUUGGAGACUGCAGACGACGACGCACUUACGCCCAAUCACUUUUUGUUAGGAAACUCAAGCGGAAUUCGCGAAUCAGGUUGUGAUGUCGACAGUGGGCCAGCUCUCCGUCGAUGUUUUCGAAUUUCAAACCAGCUAGCUAACCAAUUCUGGAAGCGUUGGAUCCAAGAAUAUCUUCCGUGCCUUACUAGACGUUCUAAGUGGUUCCACCCACCGAUUCGACCUAUCGAAAUAAACGACGUCGUGGUCAUCGUUGACAACAAUGCGAAAAGGAACUCGUGGCCGAAAGGAAUAGUUAUAGAUCUCCACCGUGGAAAGGACGGAGAGGCUCGUAGCGCUGUGGUGAAACUAGCAAACGGUCUGUGCACCCCACCCGUAAUUAAAUUAGCAAAACUCGAUGUUACUAGUCACAAUUGA